AUUAUGGUCAUGGAGUACUGUGCGCUCGGAGAUUUGCUUGGUUUGCUGAGAAAAAGCAGGGGAGUUCAUGAUAAAUACCAUCUUGGAGAGGGAAGUAUUGAAGAGCUGGGAAUAUACGACCUUGUAUCAUUUGCCAAACAGAUUGCGACAGGCAUGGUAUUCCUUGGAUCAAGAGGGAUAAUCCAUCGUGACCUCGCAGCUCGAAAUGUGCUAGUUGAUAAAAACUACAUCUGUAAGGUGACUGACUUUGGACUGGCAUAUCAGACCUUCAAAUACGGGCAUGGCAAUGCCAAAAAGGGCUGCAUCCCAGUAAAAUGGACGGCACCUGAAAUUCUGUUUGGAAAUAUUGCAGAACUCUCACCAUUAAGUGAUGUGUGGUCUUAUGGGAUUGUCCUAUAUGAAAUAUUCACCAUUGGAGGCAUUCCGUAUCCGGAUUGGUCAGAAGCCAGGACAAUAGUGGAAAUUAAACAAGGUUACAAGAUGCCAAAGCCACCACAUGUCGACAAAUCUUUUUUCAGGUAUGACAUUAUGGUGAGGUGCUGGAACAUCAACCCUGACUUCCGUCCCUCUUUUGAAAAUCUGCGAAAGAGAAUGGAGUCUUAUAUUCGUGACACGACUUACCUAGAACUGAUCAACAUGGACGAGUACGAUUCGAGCAGGUAUGCAAAAGUGGAAGACGAGGGAGGAGAAGACAUUAAGGAACAUCAGCAAGAUGUUGCGUCAAGUGGAAAGAAAUCUGGAGCAAGACGAUGUGCAAGUGUGCGCCAAUAGAUAUGGUGCAUUCAUUGAUGCAAAUCACGAGAAUAUCCUGUUAAUGAAAAUUAACAGAAAAUUAUCAAAGUCAAAUAGAUUUGAUAGAGAUUUGUUCCAUAGAGAUUUAGACAUACCUGGUUUAGCUGAAAUAACAGUUUAUAGCAAAUUAAUAGCAAUAUACUAGGGGCACGGUUCCCCAUACUGAUCAAGAAAGUAAGUGCCAAUUUUUUCCCUCCUUUCUCCCUUGAGUAUGCUAAGGCCGCUAAGGAAAAGAACGAGUCGACGAUUUGGAUGUGUCAGUGAAGUGGCUGUGUUAACAGCGUGGUGGUGCUUAUAAGCAACGGUCACGUGGCCCUGCUAAUGAGAUAACCCUCUGAUAAGAUGGUAGUGGUAUAGAUAAGGUAGCAGUGCUGAAACGAACUGUUACUGCUUCACGAUGAUCAUCUUGGCAAGGUACCCAUCUUAAUGGAAGGCCUAAAUACUAAGGUGACUUCAGUAACAAAGGGACCAUAUUAACGAGGACUUUUGCGAAGUAAUUAAGAAACUGGCCCUACUAAUAAGCUAAAGUUCUAAUGAAGUAAUCAUGCUAACGAGGGCGGCGUGUUAAUAACGUGGUCAUUGCUAAAGAGUUGGUGCAACUGAUGAUGUGUAAGUGGUAAUGAAGUGGCGUUCCCCAGCAGUGUAUUCCUAAGUCCAUUCAAAUAAGAAAGGUCUAUUAAUGAGAUGGCUGUGCUAUGACGAGGCCAAGCUUACAAUUUCACAAACUGAUGAGGUUGUCAUGGUGAUGGGUGGCCAUAAUAAUGAAAUGACUGCGCUAAUGAAAUGCCAUCCUCAAAAUGUAGCCAUGCAGACAAAGUUACCCAUUGUUAUACGUUUGUCGAACUAAUGAAACGGCUGUGCUAAUGAAGUGGCUGUGAUAAUAGUUGUUUUAAUUUCUUCUUUU